AUGCUCGAAACUAGUAGCAAAGCAAAAAAUGUAAAUCCGCGAUCACAAUCGCAAGCAAAUACGAAGCAUCAAUCCUGCGUGGCGUCCAUAAAGGCGAAGUGCGUGUUUUGCAAAUCCGAGCAUCUCGUGUAUCAUUGCGAGGGGUUUUUAGCAUUGCCCGUCCCACAAAGGAUCUCAGAAAUUAAGAAACGCAAAAUUUUUGUCAAUUGUUUAAGAGCGACAGAUCAUGUUGCAAAUAAAUGCCCUUCAGGCAGUUGCAAGGUUUGCAAAGGCAAGCACAAUACAUUGCUACAUAUACCAGCCGCAGCAUCGGCUCAAUCUAAUCCGCCCGUGGAACAGAGUCGUGUCGUUGACGAAACGGCAUCUGCGGGUGGCUCCACCGCCAUCGUCAUGAGCAACAGUAUCGCCUCUGAUCACAGUGACGUGAUGCUCUCAACCGCGAUCGCAUUCGCAUACGACAGUGAGGGUCGGCGUAAGUCCUGCCGCAUAUUAUUGGACUCCGGCUCUCAGGCUAAUUUCGUUUCGCGACGGUUCAUGGAAUCAUUCAAUAUUAAAGCUCGUUCCUCAGACGUAUCUAUAUCUGGUAUAAAUAAUACCACCACGCGGUCAUUCCAGGCAGCUAACAUAAGGCUACAUUCGCGCACAAAUGCAUUUAGCUUUGCAUUAGACUGGAUUGUCACAGAGCGCAUAACCGGUAGGCUUCCGGCAGUUUCGUUUAAGAGAAACGCCUUUGAGAUUCCUCAUAAUUUCGAGUUGGCCGACCCCCAAUUUCACGUCGCAUCGGAAAUUGACGUCCUGAUUGGCGCAGAGCAUUUUUGGAAUUUGAUUUGCGUUGGGCAGAUAAGGGCAUCGUCAGCGUGCCCUACAUUACAAAAAACGCGUUUCGGGUGGAGCUUAGCCGGUCGAUCGCACAACCCAUCAGGAUCGUCAUCAAAUAUACAUUCUUUUCACGCAUCAAUUAGUAACGUGCAAUUACAUGAUCAACUCUCACGCUUUUGGGAGAUAGAAGACAUUGCUACGACCUCCAGCGUUCACACUGCUGAUGAGGCAUUCUGCGAACAACAUUUCGUGCAAAACGUGUCUCGUGCCGAGCAAGGCCGAUUCGUUGUUAAAUUGUCCUUUAAGGGGCCUAUGCCUCCUAAAUUCGUCGGUGACAGGGACAUCGCGUUAAAGCAACUUAGGGGCAUCGAAAAACGCUUUAACCGUGAUCCACAAUUGAAAGAGCGAUACUCGCAAUUCAUAGACGAGUACAGCGCCCUGGGUCACAUGAAGAAGAUCAACGAAGGGGGCGGAGAGGUUUCGGAAUCCUUUCACCUGCCUCAUCAUUGCAUUACCAAGGCGCCAGCCUCUGGUAAAUUCCGUGUCGUCUUCGACGCUUCCGCCAAGGACGCGACUGGCGUCUCAUUAAAUGACGUCCUCAUGGUCGGUCCUACUGUCCAACAGGAUUUGUUUACCAUUCUGGUACGCUUUCGAACAUUUCGUUUCGCUCUAUCAGCCGACAUAGUGAAAAUGUACCGCCAGGUGUUGGUGCAUCCGUCGCAAACAAAUUAUCAGCGCAUUCUCUGGCGCAACCAGUCCACUUCGGACAUCAUAGUUUACGAACUUCUCACUUUGACGUAUGGUACAUCGCCUGCGUCGUUUUUAGCCACGCGAUGUUUAAAGUGGUUAUCCGAGCAUUGUGCAGUCAAUUGGCCUCGCGGGGCCACGUGCGUCGGGCGUGAUUUCUAUGUCGACGAUAUGCUUACCGGGGCGGACACAAUUGAUGAGGCAUUAGCAAUCCGGGAUGAAACAAUCGAAGUGUUACGCUCUGCCGCCUUUGAGCUCGGUAAAUGGGCCUCUAGCUGCCCCGAGUUAUUAGCCGGAGUGAAAAAUCAGAAUAACGACCCGGUUAUAAUUCAUAAUGGUCCGGAAUCGUCUGUAUUAGGCAUUCAUUGGAUCCACUCACAGGAUACCUUCCGUUUCUAUUACGAGCCUGACGACAAUUCCAUGAUACCAUCCAAACGAAUCAUAUUAUCAGAAAAUUCCAGAAUCUUCGAUCCCCUUGGUCUUCUGGGGCCGGUGACCGUGCGGGCCAAGCUAAUUCUUCAGGAGCUCUGGCAACUCGGCAUUCACUAG